CGUUACACUGUUGGCUGGCCAGGGUAUAAAAGUGAGGCAGAGAGCCCUCAUCCUCAACCUGUGCACAUCCUUGCAACUCAGACGUAGACCGAAGUCUAAGAUCUUCUAAAAAAGAUGGCUUUUGCUGGUAUCCUUAAAGACGCUGAUAUUGCUGCUGCAAUCACGGCAUGCGCAGCUGCCGACUCCUUCAACUACAAGACCUUCUUCGCCAAGUGCGGCCUGAGCGCAAAGUCCGCUGAUGAGGUCAAGAAGGCCUUCUUCGUCAUUGACCAGGACAAGAGCGGCUUCAUUGAGGAGGAUGAGUUGAAACUCUUCCUCCAGACCUUUAAGGCUGGUGCCAGAGCUCUGACUGAUGCUGAGACCAAGGCUUUCCUUGCAGCUGGUGACGCUGACGGUGAUGGCAUGAUUGGAGUUGAUGAGUUCGCUGCGCUUGUGAAGGCUUAAGUUUUCCACAUUUUAUGGAACCAGACUUCUGUUGUCAACUAUCUGAGAUCAACUAUCUGAGUACCUGGCUCAGAUAGUUGAUAUUGCCUUUUUUAUAUAUUUAUUUAUGAGUACCAUGCCAACUCUUGCAAGGACAUGUGCAAGGUCUCAAAAACUUCUUAAUUUUUCAUGUUGUUUAGUUAUGUUGUAUGUUCCAUGUACCACACCAGUGCAAGUUUUCGAUCUCUUUUGCACUUUUGAACAUAGAAAUAAAUAAACAUUUGGAGUAAA